ACGGCUUUAUCAUGUGCUGAUGCUACUCUCUGCUUGUUCGCUGGCCGAGCAGGCCGGUGAACACUUUGCAGGAGGGGGCUUUGUCAUAAUCUUCUUUGUAGUCCCAGCCCUAGCUCAGCAGCGGAGCCCCUCAAACCUCGGGAACUCCUCCCUGCAAAGGAGCCAGGACGCCCUCCCUCAGGCUGCCUUUAACCAGGGCAGAGUGACAGAGGACCUCCACAGAGUUAGCGGUCACUGCCUUAGCAGUUAGGCCUCGGGGCCCGGGCAGGCACAGCUGGCGGGACUCGGCGCAGGCUGGCGCUGGCGCUUGUGUAGCCGCCUCACAGCUGCAAGCGGACUGUAAGCGCGCGCGCGGUCGCCAUGGCAGCGCAGCCGCCGCGGCCAGUGGGUGAGAGGAGCAUGGGGAGCCCCCGGGAGGCCGCCCGUGCGCCGGCCAGGUCCCCGGAUUGGGCCCCCACUCAGGCCCGUACUCCGGGCGCGGCCCUGGUGGGCCAGCGCGAAUCUCCAGAAUCUGGUCUCCAGGAACAUUAUUCUAAUCUGUGUAUGGAAAAAUCCCAGAAAAUUAAUCCUUUUAUAUUGCGUAUACUCCAAGAAGUGGAUGAAGAAAUUAAAAAGGGGCUAGCAGCAGGAAUCACAUUAAACAUUGCUGGUAACAAUCGCUUAGUGCCAGUAGAAAGAGUUACAGGUGAAGAUUUUUGGAUUCUUUCCAGAAUUUUAAAGAAUUGUCUGUAUAUUAAUGGUUUGGAUGUUGGAUAUAACCUUCUAAGUGAUGUUGGUGCUUACUAUGCUGCGAAACUGGUUCAGAAACAACUCAAUCUCAUUUACUUAAACCUCAUGUUUAAUGAUAUUGGGCCUGAAGGUGGAGAAUUGAUUGCUAAAGUGCUACAUGGAAUGCAAAGUGUGAUAGCAUUUGCUACAGUACUAACUCGAAACCAAGCAAUUAAGGCAAUAAACCUAAACCGACCUAUACUGUAUGGUGAACAGGAAGAGUCCACAGUCCAUAUAGGCCGCAUGUUGAAAGAAAAUCACUGUCUUGUUGUACUACACAUGUGUAAGCAUGAUAUAAAAAACAGUGGUAUACAACAGUUAUGUGAUGCACUGUAUCUGAACAGUAGCCUGCGCUACCUUGAUGUCAGCUGCAACAAAAUAACUCAUGAUGGAAUGGUGUAUUUGGCUGAUGUACUGAAAAGCAACACUACCCUGGAAGUAAUAGAUCUUUCCUUUAACAGAAUAGAAAAUGCAGGUGCAAACUAUCUCAGUGAAACUCUUACUUCACACAACAGGAGUCUUAAAGCGUUGUCAGUAGUCAGCAACAACAUAGAGGGAGAAGGACUUGUUGCACUUUCACAAUCAAUGAAAACAAAUCUCACAUUCUCUCAUAUCUACAUUUGGGGAAACAAAUUUGAUGAGGCUACGUGUGUAGCAUAUUCGGACUUAAUUCAAAUGGGUCGUCUAAAACCAGACAAUACAGAUGUGGAGCCAUUUGUGGUAGAUGGACGCGUAUAUCUUGCAGAAGUCUCCAAUGGUCUUAAAAAGCAUUAUUAUUGGACAUCAACUUCUGGAGAAUCUUAUGACCAUUCAUCUAAUGCAGGUUUUGCUCUUGUUCCAGUAGGUCAGCAGCCAUGAAAAAGUAGCUCUAAAAUAAUUUUCAUACAUUUGUCUUAUUAUUUCACAGAGGUUAAUAUUCUAUAGCCUAUUUGUUUUCUUUUAUAAAUUAAAACAGGUUACUUUUUUCAAAUGUGUAAAAGAUAAUAACUUUGUAUAACUGUCUAUUGUGAAAAA